AUGUUACCAAUCGGGCGAUUACGCGUCCCACAAUCUAUUAAGGUUACGAAUACCAUAUGUGCUCCAACCGUAGCAGCAAAGAUGCGUCCUGGGCUGGCAUUCCAUCCUGGCGAAAAGAAAUUUCUUUUUUUUCUUCUUUCUUCUUUCCUUUCUUCUUCUUCUUCUUCUUCUUCUUCUUCUUCUGUUGCUGCUGCUUUCUGCUGUUUCAUUUCUUUUUUUCUUUUCUUUUCUUCUUUCUUUUUCUUUCUUCUUCUUCUUCUUCUUCUUCUUCUGCUGCUAAUUGCUGCUCUUUGUUUCUGCUUCUUUUUUUUUUUUUUCUUCUUCUUCUUUCUUUUCUCUUCUUCUUCUUUUCUUCUUCUUCUUCUUCUUUUUCUGCUGCUGCUGCUGCUGCGAAAUUUUUUUCUUUUCUUCUUCUUUUUUCCUUUUUCUUCUUCUUCUUCUUCUUCUUCUUCUUCUUCUGCUGCUGCUGCUGCUGCUGCUUCAUUUCUUUUUCUUUUCUUCUUCUUCUUUCCUUUCUCUUCUUCUUUCUUCUUCCAAUUGCUUCUCUAUUUUUCUUCUUCUUCUGCCCGUGUCUGUUCAUACCUCUCUUUCUCGUUUUGCCUGUUUCUGUCUUUCUUUAGCACUUUGACCUUUUCUCUCUCUCUCUCUCUCUCUCUCUCUCUCUCUCUUUAG